ACCGAGGCGAGCCCUUCUACCCGUCUGUAGCGACGACCGUCGGAUGGAACCCGGAUUGCGCCGAUUCGCAAGGUUAGACGAAUAUUUGAAUGUGAGUGUUUGUGCGCCGCCCGCCGUCGAACCUGAGCGCCCUAGCGCAACCUCGCACUUCAGCCGUACGCGCACUCCGCACACCGUUAUUUUAUAGCGGCGGGAGCUAGCUCAGACAUGGGAAGUGAGCACUAUUGCCUGAGGUGGAACAAUCAUCAGAGCAACUUGCUCGGCGUUUUCAGCCAACUGUUGCACGACGAGAGCUUGGUGGACGUCACGCUCGCGUGUUCCGAAGGCGCCUCCAUAAGGGCUCAUAAGGUCGUUUUAUCAGCGUGUUCAUCCUACUUCCGUUCGCUGUUCGUGGACCAUCCCUCACGCCAUCCCAUAGUGAUCCUUAAAGACGUGGGUUUGGAGGAGCUCAGAACACUUGUCGACUUCAUGUACAAGGGUGAGGUCAACGUCCAAUACUGCCAACUACCUGCGCUCCUGAAAACUGCUGAGAGCCUGCAGGUCAAAGGAUUAGCUGAAAUGACGACGCUAAGUGCAGCGGGUAUUGAUACAAGAAACGUUCCAGAACCAAUGGAUGAAUGUCAACAGAGAGAUACAAGAGAAUGCGCUGAGUCGCAUGAGACGUUAGACGAUCAGGAAGAACGAAGAGAGGCAAAGGAAUUCCGUGAGCUACGUGAAAGGGAGUCCAAAGACAACAGGGAAAGCCAUAGAGAAAUUCGCGAUUCGCGAGAGUUGCGAGAGCACAGAGAAAGGGAACGAGACAGAGAAUCUCGAGAGUUGAUUCGGGAAAUAAGAGACCCCCGAGACCCUUGUAGGGAUCAUAGAGAAUUGCGCGAAGUAAAAGAUAGCAGAGAUCCUCGUGAUUUACGAGAUACUAGGGAUCCCAGAGAGCUCAGAGAUUCUCUUGACCCACGAGAGGCAACAGAAGCCUCUCCUCCCAGAAUAUCCCCAUUAUUAUCUGUACGACGAUUUAGGCCCGAUAUUUCAAUUGAUACACCAACUUUGACGCAUCCACCGAUACCUAAAGACGAGCCUCCUGACGAACCCAUACGUCCAACGUCACCGGAAGACGACACAAUAUCAAUAAGAUCAAAUGGAGCAAGUGAGAAUAUGGGUAUAAAUAUGACCAUAAACAGUCAUGGCAUGGGUCCAAGAUACUCUCCAGUUGAACAAAGGCUGAGUGUUUUGAACACCUUGCCACAUCCCGGCUUGACUCAUCCAUCCCACAGCUCGUUAUCCAGUCCAAGAAAUGAACCUAUAGCUGGACCAUCUGGUUUGCCGCCAGUACAACAAGUUCCUUUGUCACUAAAGAAAGAAGCGGAUUGGGAUAGGGGUAACGAUGAAAAGGUUGGGGAGACAGACUACCGUAUGCCACAUGAAUCGGAGUACGAAGGGUCCGGUAGGGGGAGAAUUGAGGAGGGGGAAAGGGCAUAUCCUUGCAUACAUUGUGGAGCAGCAUUCCCACACCAGAGCAAACUAACGAGGCACAUACUGACCACGCAUACCCUCGACACUCUAAAGUAUCGGGACGCCAUAUUGGGCCGGCCGUUGGGUUUGCCCAUGAUAGGACAAUUCAGUGAACCGACUUACAUGAUGCCCACUGAAGAAUCGCCCCUAGAUCUGGACAUCGGCCCAGUUGAGCCGGGCAACGUAGUGUUGUGCAAAUUCUGCGGCAAGAGUUUCCCUGAUGUAUCAUCGUUAAUAGCCCACUUACCGGUUCAUACGGGCGACCGACCUUUCAAAUGUGAAUUUUGUGGCAAGGCGUUCAAACUACGACAUCAUAUGAAAGACCACUGUAGAGUCCACACAGGCGAACGACCGUUUCGUUGUGUUCUAUGUGGUAAAACAUUCUCACGAUCAACUAUACUGAAAGCACACGAGAAAACUCACUAUCCCAAGUACGCGAGGAAAUUCCUCUCGCCGAGUCCCGUCGACACCGAGGAAGAGAGUCCACAUCAAUGAGUUUAGUGAAACGAUUUAGCCAAUGAUAUAUAUUGGACAGUCAAUGGUGCGAGUUGAACAAACGGACAAUAUAUUAGUUAAGAAUGUGAUUAAACGCCGCAACUGUGAUCUGAAUGAUAUGAAUAAAUAUUUGAUAUUUCACAUAUAGAUAAAUUGACUCACAAUAUUUAGUAUCGUUUCAAGCGUUUUUCUGUUCAUUUACCUCACUUUCUUAUUAACUUCUAAUUAGACGCUUUAUUUUAGAUGAGGGUAAGUGUGUUUUUUUUUUCGUAUAAUAACCUUUAAUUGGCGCAGCCAAAGAUCAAUAGUGAGUAAAUGCGAAAUCAAAAUUAAGACAUUCUAGAUCUCAUAUUGCUUUGCUUUUAAUUUUAUAUAGUAAGCUUGUUAAGAACUCUUAAAAAAAAUAUUAUAAUCUAAGUUUAAAAUUAAAAUAAUUCAUAUUGAUUUGGUGUUGUCAUAAUCGUUAGAGAUUUGCAAAAAAAUAUUAUAGUGAUUUCAUUAAAAAAAAAAAUUAUUUUAUAAAACACGUUUAAAUCUUUUUGAUUGCGAGUGCUUUGACGUUUAGAGUAUCGGUGCACUCGGUAUUUGUAUGUAUGGAUUAGAUAUUUGAGGUAUUUAGAGAUUCCUGAGUAACGCACGCUCCCCGCGAAUGAUAAAUACAAUUCAAGUCAAACAAAAGCAAUAUUACGACAUAUAAAAAUGUAAAUAAAUAUAGUUUGAUACUUAAUAUCGGAAUUUUAGGAAAUUUAUUAGAAUGUAAAUGCUUUAGUAGCUCGUUUAUGGGUCAUGGGGUCUGGAUGUGUGAUCGAGGGAAUCAAAGCUUUAAGAGCCGUUUCAGUUCGAGCAGUACAACGCUUCUUACACAAAUAUCAACAUUUUUCUUUCAAACGAACCAUUUAUAUUACUUUCGGAUGUAAGGGCAGAGUACGCGUAGAAUAUUUAUUAAAUAUUUUCAUACAGAUAACUGUCUUAAUUUUUUAUUUUUAUAUGACGUUUCAAAUGCCAUAUGUACUUCGUUUUAUUAUACAAAAUCUUUAUACACAUGCAUUUGAAAUGUUACAACAAUUGUACAAGAAAUUAAACAGAGUCAAAUACAGGGAUAUUUUAUGAUGAAAUUCAUUUCCAGUAGAUAACGUAAAAUUAUUUUAAAAUAGUCCCAUGUCCGAGACGACUAUAUCAUUAUGAAUGACGUAUUUUGUCUCGAGCAUGUCUAUAUACGAACUGUCAUCGAUGUCACAACAUAACGAUAUUAAAUAAAGCUUUGAUUUGUUAUUGAUUGAAUGGCUGCUACUAUGGCGCGGCAAAACGUCUGAGAUUUUCUAUCAAGUAUGUAACUUCUUUGGUUAUAUUUGAUUUUUUUUUCUUUUGCAUUAAGUUAAUUUGGAAUGCAACGGAAUGCCGCGCUGUUAGGCUAGGUUUGGACGACUGAUUACUUUUUAAUUGUUUUUUUUUUUAUAUAUAGUAACACUCAAAUGCUGGCGGUACUCUUGUCAGAAACGAAACGUUUAAGAGACGAAAGUCCCUUAUAAUUUCAUAAUCAUUUGAAGGAUCGUACAUAUCAUUUUAUGUAUAAAGAUGUAUACUUGUUUCAAAAUUUUCUAUAGUAAAAUAUUAGGAUAACAAUUAUAUUGAAAUUAUUUCGAUAAUAGGCAUUUUAUAAUAUAGAUUUGUAAGUUUUUUUUUUUACCAUUUGGAAUAAAUGUUUUAAAAGUAUUAUAAUUUAGGAAAAGGUCUGUGAUAUAUUAAAAGUAAGGUAUUACAUCUGAUAGUUAACGAUCUCACAAGAUAAGGUUUAUUGAUUGGGAUUGAAUAUUUUAAAAUAUUUUAUAUUUUAAAUCAAAUUGGGCAGCUUGAGUUUUAACAUCGUUUUAAUAGUUUUUGUUGUUUUAAAAUAAAAUUUAUCAAUAAAAAUAGAUUCCACUUAUAGUAAUCGGAUACCAUAAAUUUGACAUACCAUAGACUAUGAACACCACAGUUUAUAUAACAGCAUGAUACUCUCGUUUCGACAAAAUUUGUAUAAUUUAAUUUUUUAAUUAAAAUUUUAAAACGUUAUUGGAUUUAAUUAUUAGAAUUAGGGAACGUUAUAGCCUUGAGUACCGCAGUAUUUCCAGUGUAUUUUUAAUUUUGAAAAAAUUUCGGCGUAUUGUAAUAAAAUCAUUUCUUAGUAGUGUUCGUAGGGGGCUGAUGAGCCGCAAAGAUAAUGUUAAUUAGGCAUAGACUGUGCUGUUUUAAGUAAGACCUUACUUUCAUUAGUUUGGUAAAAUAUUUUAACUUGUCAUUUGAUAAUACUAACACAGUGACAUUCCAAAUAGGAUGGAUGUUUAAAUUUACAUAUGCAGAUAUUUUUGCCGGCUAUAAGAUAUAUGUUUGUAAAAUUGAACAACCAUUCGUAUAUUUACUAUCUGAACAGGCGAUAUAUAUAUUGCAUUGUACAAUUUAGAUGAUCUAUUAUGUAUUUUUUUUUAUCAUUUAUGGAUGGCACGUGUAAAUGCAUAUUUAGACUAUAGAUUGGUAGAUGCGCUACUUUCCGGAGAUAGAAUGGUGAAAAUGCGUAAAAUGUAAAAAAAAGAUAUGAAUAGGAUAGAAAAAAAAAAUACAAUAAUGUUGCUAUUUGAAAAGCUGCACUCAUUUUAUUUUUUGGAGUCGAACGUUACCGUUUUAGCAAUAUACCUUGAUUAAUGUUCCUCUUCUUAUUUUAAGAAAGAUUGAAUAUUUACAAUUUACAUAAUAAAUUUAUAGCAAUAAUUAAAUGAUUAGUAAAGAUGCGAAUUAACAAAGUACGAUUUUUGUAUCGAAAUAGUUUUUAUAAUAGAACUGAAUGCUGUUAAAAUAAUAUUUUUGUUUCCUAACAUUGAGAGGUACUAUUUAUUAAUUAAAUGAUAUUAUUAUUAUACAUAUUUCUAUGUACUAUGUAUAUAGGCAGUGUGGCGGUUGUUAAAUGAGAUUGUUACUACAAUAGUGUUUAUUGUAUGACCCCUAAGUGCAGUUGUUCAAAUCUUAACAUUUGCCAGUUGUUGCCACGUCCCUGCGAGUUCACGCCGUUAGCACAAAAUAUAUAUAUACAUUGAUAGAUAAAUACGAUAUUUAAGUGAAUUUUAUGUAGAUAUAUUUUCUCUUGAAUAAAUAAGCAUGUAAGAGAUUAGCACGAGUUGAUAAUUUAUAAUAGAUUCAACUUAGUUUCAUUUUUACUACAUUGUGACCACGUUUUUUAUAUUUAGAGUGCCUCAUGCCUAUAUAAGACUUAUAUAAAGGCUGCAAAUCACGGAAUAUACAUAGUUUAUGUAGGGGAUGAAUUAUAGAGAUGAAAAAAAAAAUGAAAUUUUAUGGUGAAAAUUGUAACUUCCGUUAUGAUAUGUGACUUGCAAGCACGUCUUUGAACUGUCCGGUUGGACGCGGCCGGUUACAAGAGAACUCCGUAGUUAGCGCAUUCCAAUCUUGUGAUUUAUAUAAUAUGAUACCAGUGCGAAAAUUAUUUUACAGACCAAUAAAUAGGACAAUAGAUUUAUUUGUAUAGUCUUAGAUAAUACUGUUAAGUUUCAGACGCGAAGUCUUUGUGGUACUCGCUGUUCACUUGUGAUUAUGUUACUAUUUUAAGUGGCAUACCAGAUACAUAUAUAUAUAUAUAUGUAUAUAUAUAAUUUAUAUUGCAAUUUUUCUAAGUUCCUGUAGGUAUAUUGAUUAUUACAUAUUGGUACAAUUUGUUUUAAUAAUUAUAAUUUAUUUAGAUUUCUAAGUUUUACGAUUAGGUUCAUGAUUAAUAUACUAGUUCUCUGUUGUUUCCACGGGGGCUCUUAGUUUGAGACGGAGCGAGCGUUCCCGUAAAGAAUUCGACAGUUCUUGUAUAUUAUAUUGAAAAUUAAUUGUAAUCAGCACAAGUUCAAAUAACGUAGGUCCACCUUAUUUAUAUAAUAUAGCUUAAAGUCGUUGUUACUUCAUAGAGGUGACAAUGAUAUUUUUUCCCUUAAACUGUUUUAUUUAACUUUCAUUGUUGACAUUUUAGAUUAGUGAAAUCUGUUUUGCCUUAACAUUAUUAAUAGGACAUAAAGUUGUAACAGAGCAGUAUGGUUUUGUUAAAUAUGGCUACAUUAAUGUGUUUUCAUCAGCGACGUCAGAUGCGGUGAGGUAAUGCGCGAAUGGAUACCAUUCGGAUUAAUACAUUAAGAAAAUAAUAGUAAUAGAUGUAAUUUUCACAGUCAAAUCAACCUUUUUCUGUGUCCAUCGCGCAAUACCUCUCCAUGUACAGCUCUAGAAUACGGUCGAGGAUCGAAUUCGUAUUUGUCAAUUGAAAAUGCAACAGUAAAUAAACCCAUCGCUGUUGAUCAUUGUAACUUUUGAAACAAAUAUAAGCAUAUCAUAGCUGUAAAAAUACAAUUUUGACAAAUAAAAGCUCUACAAUCAUUACAGAAA